UCGGCCAGGAUACCCAGCAUGUUCCAUGCGCAGCUGCUGUCGGGACUCUUUUCUGAAAGAUAUUUGCUUAGACUGUGGGCGAAAUUAACGCGCUAACUCCAACGACAAACAGACUUUGAUGGCGAUAUAUAAACAGGCCUGCCCACAUGAGGAGGCAUUCUGAAAGUGACUUCUUUCGAUCUAGAAUGCUGCAUGUGAAAAGUGUUUUGCUGGUGCUGCUGGUGGUGGCUUGCGCCUCCUGCUACGGACAAGGGGGGAUGGACAGAUAUCCUGGAUACAACGGAGGGUACAAGAAGAAGCACCACCACCAUCACCAUGGAAUGCACUACUUGCACUUUCUCACGUACUUGUCCUUCUUGGCCGUUAAGCUGAAAAUCAUCUUUUUCAUUGGCACGAUUUUCACCGUUAGCCUGGUGGCGGCCAAAGUGAUCGGCAUCAUCAAGCUCACCGAAUACAUGAAGCAUAAAUACCCGGAGCAUCAUCACGAGGAGAAGAUCGUCUAUGUGAACCCUCAUGAGCACGACCAUCACGACUUUGGAGGAUACUCGGGCGGGCCUUCGGAUAUCUACAGCUCCAAGUCUUACUCCUCGUAUCCGCCUGAUUUUUCCGCUGAUCAGCCUCCUGAGGGCGCCUACGACCAUGAGCGCUUUGCGGGGCCGGCCCCCUAUGAGAACGUGAAGCCUUCGGCCAGAAACCUCCAUGGAGGUGGCGUCUUAGAGCCCUUUAGGGCGAUCGCCGCUCAACUAAGACAGCUGAACAUCACGGACAUGGCCCUGAAGGAGAUGGGCAUCAAAGAUGAGACUUGCAAGAAAAAGUUCGUCUGCCAAGCGGACUUUAAUGCCCAACAGAGCGCGAUGCUUCGCACCGGACUGGACAUUAUGGGGGACGUUUCAUACCAAAGACUGCGGCCGAACAUCACGAUCACCUCAAUAGAGCAGUGCCAGGCGCUAUACCCCGAAUGCGCCAAAAACCCUGGAUAACCUCCGCGCGCGGACUCUAGACUUAGUUAAUUUAUUGAAUCAAUAGAGAAUGGUACAGA